GGAGGGGACACACAGGCUGCCACAGGACAUGCUUCGGUUCAGGAGGAGUGGGGAAAAGCUCCUGCAUUUCCAAAGCAGAUGGAAAAUCCCCAAGCUCCCAAAGGACUUGAGUCCACUGGUACAGUCCCAGCACUGUGAAAUGGUGGAACACAGAGCCAAAGAUCCCUUGAGAAAGCCACGGACGAGGAAAGAAAGCUGGAGAACUCCUUGUCUGUGUGACCAUGUCCUGUGGCAGCCUGUGUGUCCCCUCCUGUGGGGUGGCCACCCCGGCCCCUCUGGCUGACACGUGCAACGAGCCCUGUGUGCGGCAGUGCCCCGACUCCACGGUGGUGAUCCAGCCCCCGGCCUCAGCGGUCACCUUCCCCGGGCCCAUCCUCAGCUCCUUCCCCCAGCAGAGCGUGGUUGGCUCAGCAGGAGCCCCCGGCGUUGGAGGGGGCUACGGUGGCACUUUUGGAGGCCGUGGGGGCUACGGAGGCUACGGGGGUUAUGGGGGUUAUGGUUAUGGGGGCUGGGGCUAUGGAGGCCUUGGGGGUUAUGGGGGUUGGGGCUAUGGAGGCCUUGGGGGCUAUGGGGGUUAUGGCUAUGGAGGCCUUGGGGGCUAUGGCAGCUGUGGGUACGGGGGCUGGCGCCGUGGCCACAGGUACCUGAAUGGCAACUGCGGGCCCUGCUAAGCCCCAGCCCGAGCCCGGCCACGGAGCCAGGAGAGCUCCAGAAGAGCCACUGGCACAUCCCGACACGACCCUCUGUGGAGAAACAGCCCUUCAGCAUCACUGGCUCCAGAGCCUGGACGCCUCGUGCCUGCCUGGGAACCAGCUCUGCCUUCCUGCUGCCCCGCCUGAGCCCCCCCAGAGCCUCG